ACAGGGAGACUGGCAAAAUGUGACAGCUGCGGACUACGGUUCCCUCCCAGCCAGAGGAAAUCACUGGGUGUAUUUUUGGGGGGAAGGCACGGAGGCCACCUCCCUACUCCCUGUGUCUGCUUGGGGGCGGGGCCUACAGGGGAAGUUCUGGCUCACUUCCCCAUGGAAACCAUCCUGUUAGGGGUGAAGGGUGGAGAGCCCAUGUUUCAGUCACUGAGAGCUUAGGGGAACCCUGGCUCCAGUCCCCAGCUGCUGAGAGCUGGGCUGGUGUAGAAGGCACAGCAGCCGCCCCUCAUCCUCUGCCCCUCGCCCACCCCUCUCCCGGCUUUCACCCCUGCCCACCCUUUUCCCAGUGCCCCGGUCCACCUCCAGCCCCCCAGCCCUGGCUGCCUGGAACAUAAACAGACUCCUGGCUUCACUUCCUGCUAUUCAGGGUCCCGCCACGCCGGGGAACAGGAAUCAAGAUUGUUUAGAUUGGGGUCUGGAUAGAAUAGGCAAGGAGUCACGCAGGGCAGGGAAUCGGGGCAGCCGGCAGCCAGUGUGGGGUCUGGAGACGGAGUUCUAGGAGCGCACCUUGGAAACCACAGAAUCCAGCCCCGUGAUGUAGAGCAGGUGUGAGGGGGUGGGGAGUAAGGCUCAGACAGGGCAGGAGACUUGUCCAGGGUCACAGGGCCCUUGGGAAGAGCUCCAGGCGCCCACACGCCUUCCACUCUCUCUCUCGCCCCAGUAGUGGCUGCCCUACCCACCCCCGCGCCCCCGUCUGGCGCUGGCUCACGCCAGGCAAAAAGGAACCUCUCUGCUCUGCUCCACCACCCCGGGAGUGUCUGGUGCCAACUCUGCUCUGUUCCCUGGGCCCCUCCUGUCCCCGGGAACUGUCCUGCAAAGGGUGUAGGAGGGCCAGUGACACGAGGGAAGCGAAACACACCUAAACGCCCAAUGCGUGACUUUCGGUGGCUGGCCAGGGCUGGCCGAACUGCUCCAGCCGGGUCAGACACAGAAAGCGGGGGCUCAGGCUACAGCAAGAAGCAUCGUGGUCAGACGGCGCCCAGGACUUCCUGAAGGGUACAGAGUGUGCUGGCGUCGGUCUGGGGCCAGGUAGCAUGGUCAGAAUCACCCAUCUUAUGUUAUCUGUGGCCAGCAUUACAAGACGGGAAAAAAACGUAUCUCAGUGGGUAUACAGUAAGUACUCAAUAAAUGCUGGCUAUUUCUAACAAUCCAAGGAGCUGGAGGACAACUAGGGCAGCGUGGGGUCAGAAAGCUGAGACCUUACCCACACAUGGAGUGCCAGCUGCUGUCCCAAACAGAAAAGGGGGUGGGACUGACUGAAAACGGGUCCCUCCGGCCUGGGUCCUCGAUGGGAGGCCGUGGCCAGGGUGCCCAGGCAGGGUCAAGGUGGGUUUUGCGGGAUGGAGUCUCCGCAGUGGCAGACCCCUCCAGCAGGGAGGGCCUGGGACGGGUGGGCUCCGAGGGGGACUCCACCGCACUGGAAGUGGCCCAUGGCCCCCAGGUGGCCCGGAGGGGCAUGUGAUGGCGCCUCCGCGGGCCAAGAAAGACCCAUUCACGGAUGCGGGUAGAACAGAGGCGCUCUGGGAGUGGCCCCCCCAUCAGCUGGCGGCAGCAGAGUUUCCCGCGUCCCAGGCCCAGGUGGGUCACCGGCAGACCCGCGCAGACAGCGGUGAGGGCCACCCUGCCCUCCAGCACGGGCCCUGCCAGGACCUCCCAGAGGCCUCGCUGACCCGCCCAGAGGAAGGGCCCCCUGCGGCGGGGGUCUGGCCGUCCGCACCCGGUCCCGCCCGCCCGCCGACCUCCACUCACCUCUGGGCCUGCGGGGCGCGGCGGGCCGCGUCCCCUCCCCGACGGCGGCCGCGGACGCGCGACGACGAGAACGGGACGGCGGCCGGGGUCCGGGCGCGGCCCUGGACAGGGCUGGGAUCGGUUCGGGCUCUGCUCGGCGCGGCUGGCGCGGCGGCCUCUCAGGACUGGGAAGGGGGCUGGAGCAAAAAUGUUUCUUAUUCCAGCGUCUUCCUGCCUGGCCCGGCUCCACCACUCCCUCCUAAUAAACCGUUUCCUAUUGCCCAGCUCUCCGCCAGGCAGCCCGCCGGCCCCUUGCGGGGCUGCAGGGCCCGCCCUCCUCCAUGGCUGCUGGGACCCCCAGCGCAGCCGCCCCUCACUCCCCAGGGAAGCCCCAGCCCAGUCUCCCACAUCCGCCUGCCUGAGCGGGGCGGGCCUUGGCCCGCGGGGGGUCUUGAGGGCGCCUGGCCCAGAGCUGUGGGGGCUAGAGCAGAGAUGGGGCCGCUCCUAGCAGCUGAGGGGCCUGGGGGGUGGGGAGGAGGAGAAGGAGGAGGGUCAGUUACCUGGCAGGGCAGAAAAUGGGGUCUGGACGUUUUGGCUCCACCCUUGGGGACUCCCCAGUGCUUGGGACUCCUCCUUUGGGCCCCUCCCAGUGUCCACUCGCCCCAGCCCAGGGACAAGCAGGCCCCAGGUGGGUGACUCUGGGUCACUGAUGAGGGUAGCCUGAGCCACUCUGGGCACCCCAGCUCUCUACCCCAGGGUGUCCAGAAUGCAGGGAGAGCUGAGUGCUUCCAUGGACCUGCCUCCUCCAGGCAGGCCCCCAUCCUAUCAGAUGGAGCCAGAGGGUGCUUCCCUGGAAAUCCUGCUGAGACAAGGCAGCUGGGGAG